CCGCGGACAAUGGACUUCAACAACAAAGUAGUAAUAAUCACUGGCGCCAGUUCGGGUAUUGGUGCAGCUGUGGCCCAAAUGGCUGCCAAACAAUCCGCUCAACUAGUUCUCGUCGGCCGAAAUAUGGUUAACUUAAAUAACGUCGCAACAAAGUGCGAAGUAGCCAAAGGGAUAAAACCGAUUAUCGUUCAAGCUGAACUCACCAACGAUGAGGACGUGAAGAAUAUUGUUUCGAAAACUGUAAAGGCUUUCGAUCGCAUUGACGUUCUCGUGAACAACGCUGCAGUGGGAGUUAGAGGGAGCAUAAAGGAUGGUAUCGAACCUUAUGACCGUGUUAUGGCGUGUAACAUGCGGUCGGUGUAUCUCCUUACAAGUCUCGUCACACCUUAUCUCAUUAAAUCUAAAGGCAACAUAGUAAACGUGUCGAGUGUAGCCGCUUUCAAACCAAUCAACGACGUGGACUACCUGCCAUACUGCAUUUCAAAAGCAGCUCUCGAUCAGUUCACGAAAUGCGUCGCUUUGGAGCUAGGAUCUGAAGGAGUGCGAGUCAAUUCUGUAAAUCCUGGAGGAACGAGAACACCUUUUGCUGAAAAUGCUGGUUUCAGUAAGAAACAAGUGGAUAAAUUAUAUGAGAGCCGCAAUAAAAACUACCCGCUUCGGAAAAUAGCGGAAAGCGAAGACGUCGCUGACCUCAUUCUUUAUCUGGCGAGCGAUCGCGCGCGCAGUAUCACGGGAUCUCUCUACGUUAUCGAUAACGGUGAAAUGUUACUGUAACAUGUUGCAUUGUUUUUUACUAAAUUGUGUUGUCUGAUUUAUGGUUAAAUAUUGCAUAUUUUUUAAUUAUUAUAUUAAUUUUAUUCCCUAUCGCUCUUAAACCACGAGCGUAAAAAGUAACGUAUAUUGACCUAAGUUUUGCACGAUGUCGCCAUUACAUGUACUUAACACGAGCAAAGAACUUUUAUGAAACUAGUACAAAUAAACAAAGCUUAAGAAGGGAAGUUCCGUUACAAGAAAGUAUUACACCGUACAUAUAAGAAACUAAAGGAAACAUAAAUAGGUCACAUCAAGUAAGAACCUAAGCUGUUCUGAUGUAGACCAUGUUCUGUAACCGUUAGUUCCAAUUUUGCGUGCGGAGUUAGUGUCUGACAAAACACAACGUAUGGUACAGGCAAAUGAGAAGUUAGUUACUAGAGCUGAAAUUAAAAUAAGGGUAUAUAGUUUGUUAUGUGUUCUCGUGUUUGAUAUUCGUGUACAUUGGUUACAAUUGAUACUGUUCUAUGUAUUUUGAAUUGCCACCUGUAGUUUAAAAUUGCAUGUGGUAUAUAAGUGCCGAGAAAUAUAUAUAUUGUAUUGUUAUUUUACGAGUACGUGUAUAUUUGUGUGUUAUCAUUUAUGUGUGUAUGUGACAUAUAUUUGUAUUUUUGGGUCAUUUCGAAAUGUCUUAAAUCGUGGGUUUGCAGCUCACGUAUUAAUCGAAAAGCAACGUGUAUUUUAUGAGUAAAAAAUAUAAAUAAUAUUUAAGCUCUUUAUGAAAGGGACGCAAAAGCGCGAAACGUGCGAAUCUGCACCCGAGGGGGAUUUGUGCUCAGAUUUUUCUUUUUUUAUAUUUGCGCCUGUAAAGUGCUGAUGCUGACAUGGCCAUUGGCAAAAUAUAGUGAAUGUUUGGUUUUUGUUAAAAUAAUCUGAAAUGAGAAGUGAUAUGUUUUUAUUUUCUUUCAUUUUUAGAAACAUUCUUUACAACUGUAUACCGAUGGCUCUCUAGAAUGGUGACCUAUCUCAAUAUCAAUUGCCAAUUUCAAUCAAAUUCAACAUUAUAAUAAACAAAAUAAAUAAAUAACGCACACAUUCAACAUAGCCCCGCACUAGGGAAACCCUGUGUCGCAGGUGCCACGGACACACAUAUAAACAACCACAAAUUAUACCCAAACUCACGAGAGAAAUAAAGGUAGGGCAUACAAAUAUUUCUCUGACUAAUAUUGACCGUUAGGAGACCACGAACUGGAAGUCGUUCAUUGCGACGGUCCCCUACUAGAAGGACAGAUGACCUGGUAAGGGUGGUGGAUGACAUAUAUAAUAUGUAGAUAAUAUGAUGGAUGCACGUCGCGUCCGACCGGCUAGUCUGGCAAUUUUUGGAG